UCGCCUCCCCGGCCACCUCAGCCUCCGCCGUCGCCGCCGCCUCCUCCACCCCCGCCACCCCCGUCCCCGGCUCCUCCGCUGCAUCCUCGCGACGCGGGCCCGCCGUCCGUGGGGGGGCGCCGCCUCUGCUGCUCCUCGCGGGCCCGGGCCGCGGCCAUGGCGGACGGCGGCGGCGCGGGCGCGGUGGGCGGCGGCGCGGGCGCGGCGGGCGCGGCGGCGGGCGCGGCGGGGCCCAGCGCGGGCGGCGGCGCGGUGAACCCGGCCACGCUGCCCCCCGGGGACCCGCAGCUCAUCGUCCUCAUCGUGGAGCAGCUCAAGAGCCGCGGCCUGUUCGACAGCUUCCGCCGGGACUGCCUGGCCGACGUGGACACCAAGCCGGCCUACCAGAACCUCAGGCAGAAAGUGGAUAAUUUUGUGUCGACGCACUUGGACAAGCAAGAGUGGAACCCGACCAUGAACAAAAACCAGUUGCGCAACGGCCUGCGGCAGAGCGUGGUGCAGUCAGGGAUGCUGGAGGCCGGCGUGGACAGGAUCAUCUCUCAGGUUGUGGACCCCAAGCUCAACCACAUCUUCAGGCCGCAGAUCGAGCGCGCCAUUCACGAGUACUUGGCGGCCAAGAAGAAAGAAAUCCUGCCCGUCCUGCCCCUGGAGCCCGACGGCCAGGAGCCCCCACCGCCCAAGGACGCUUCGUAGGGCUGGCUCCGGCUUAGAGAACACACCUGACGCCUUUUGGAAGCCCCUGGCAUUAAGGUGAAGAAGUGGGCCUAUGGCUUCACGAUCAAGGCCAACCAUGGCUCCCCAUGACCUCAAGACUGACGGGUGGAGCCGUGUCCCCAGUGAACAGAAAGCCAGUUUGGGGGUAGGGACGUUCACACGCACCUCACCCCAUGACACUACACUACAAGGAUAAAAAGUAUGACAUCAGCCUGUGCUUGUCCUGAACCUUUAUACUGGAACUUGGGGGCAGUGUGGAUUGUAGGGUUGGUUUUGUGGGGUGGAGUGGGAGACAGAAAGCGCCUGUGGAGAGACACAAGCCCGGAAGACACAGAGAUAGUGACAGUUCUACAGUGGCAUUUCCCUCAGGUGUGCACUGGCACAUUCGAGUCACCGAGUUGGAGAGUUGAGGCCAGUGUGACUGCCUUGUGGCUCUUUCCUCCCCGCCGUCCCCCUACCCCCAAGCAGGGCCAAAUUCGGGACUCUCGGUGGCAUGAGGGGCUACCGCCUGGGUGUCGGCUGUUUAUUUUGUUCUUGUGCUUGUGGUUUUUGUCUCGAUGUCUCUUUAAAAGCGAGUGCAGAAUAAAGGCUGAAGUUUUGUA